AUGUCAACAACACUCACAACAACAAUGCAACCGCCCCCGGGCCCCUCCGCAAAACUACAACUUUCCACACCUGGCCAAGCAACCACGAACCCGGCAGUCUUCGAAGAAGCAAUGGUAGUGCGCAUGCGCGUCUUCGUAGACGAGCUGCACUGCUCCGCCGACGCCGAGAUCGACGCCGAUGACUCCCGCAGCUGGCACUGGGUACUGAGCGCAUCGAGACCCUCGUCGACGCCCGAACCCGUCGGCGUGAUUCGGCUCGUACCACCACCGCAGCCACCGCAUGCCGCGCUGACGCACCCCGACGAGGCGACCAACUUGCCAGCCUACGACUGGGCCCAUGAGCCGUGUAUCAAGCUGACCCGCGUGGCGGUCCUGCCAGAAUACCGGGGCCGGGGACUAGCGCGGCAACUGUUACAGACGGCGCUGGACUGGGCGGCCAGCCAUGCGAAGGAGAUUGACGAGGCGGCGAGACUGGCGGGUAGAUGUUGCAAUGCAGAGGAGACACCGGCGCCUUGGAAGGGUCUGGUGUUGGUGCAUGCGCAGGUGGAUGUGGAGAAGAUGUAUGCUGGGUUGGGAUUUGUGACGGAUGAGAGCCUGGGCCGGUGGGUUGAGGAAGGGAUUGAGCAUGUGGGCAUGUUUCGACGGAUAGCGGUGGCGCCAUAG